AUGUAUAGAAGAAAAUGUACAAAAUUGAACUGGGCAAGCAGAGAAGAUAGUCACAGUCCCAACACAAACACACAAAUUCUUAAUCAAUCCAAAAACUAGAAAACAAAAACCUAAACAGAAGCGGAACCCCCUAUAUCAUCUCUCCUCUCUCUCAAUUAUUAUUCCAAAAACCCUCUUUACUUCUAUUUUAUUUUUCCAUCCCAAAACCACGCCGCUUAAAUCCCCCAUUCCACCACCCCUCCUACUCUCAUAACCGAACAAAAAAAUCAAAGCCAAAUACUAAAUACAAAGAAAAGACCAAACCAAACCCAACCAAACCCCAAGAUGCCCACAAUGACACUAACCUUACAAACUAUUUUCAUGGCACCUGUACUACUAGCUCUUCUUCUCCUCCACUCUACUACCACCAUCGCCACCGCCACCGCCACCACCACCUCUUCUUCUUAUCCCGAUUUCCAACACUUAGACGUCAAACAGACCAUCUCCGAGCUAAGGUCUUAUAACCUCACCUCUCCUUCCGCCGCCAAAACCAACGUAUCCGAGUACGAAUACGAAGCGCUUCAUGCCGAAACCGGCAGAGGAAAAUGGAAGCUUAAGCUUAUCCAUAGAGAUAAGCUCGUCUCGUUAACAUCUUCCGUGAAUGAAAAUGAUAAUCACAAUCGGCCAAUUCGUGGUCAUCAUAACCACCUUUUCCAUCAACGCAUGAAGAGAGACGCUCAAAGGGUAGCCACCCUCCUCAGCCGGCUAACCAAUACUAGUACUACAACAGCUGCUGAUGGUAAAGGAUCCGACCCGAUAUACGACGUGGAGGAUUUUGGGUCGGAGGUGGUGUCGGGCAUGAACCAAGGGAGCGGAGAGUACUUCCUUCGGAUCGGAGUUGGGUCACCGGCCAGGAGCCAAUACGUGGUGAUUGACUCCGGGAGCGAUAUUGUGUGGGUCCAAUGCCAGCCGUGUAACCAGUGUUACCACCAAACCGACCCAGUAUUCGACCCGGCAUACUCCGCUUCCUACACAGGGGUCUCGUGCAGCUCCGCCGUAUGCGAUCGCCUCGACAACGCCAAGUGCCAAGCGGGUCGGUGCCGGUAUGAGGUUUCGUACGGUGAUGGGUCCUACACCAAAGGGACUCUGGCCAUCGAGACUCUCACUUUGGGUCGAGCCGUGAUUAAGAAUGUGGCAAUCGGGUGCGGGCAUAUGAACCGGGGCAUGUUUGUGGGGGCUGCUGGUCUUUUGGGGCUUGGUGGUGGGUCCAUGUCGUUUGUGGGCCAGCUAGGUGGACAGACUGGCGGAGCGUUCAGUUACUGUUUGGCGAGUCGGGGCACCGACUCGUCGGGGUCACUGGAGUUCGGGCGUGGAGCACUGCCCGUGGGCGCAGCAUGGGUACCCUUGGUUCGGAACCCACGUGCCACGAGUUUCUACUACAUAGGGCUUGUGGGUCUCGGGGUGGGAGGGGUCCGAAUACCCAUUUCGGAGGAUACUUUCAGGUUGACGGACAUGGGUACGGGUGGGGUUGUGAUGGACACCGGAACCGCCGUGACGAGGUUUCCGACGGCGGCGUAUGAGGCGUUUCGCAACUCUUUUAUUCAACAAACCGGCAACCUCCCACGGGCGUCGGGUGUAUCCAUUUUUGACACGUGUUAUGACUUGUAUGGGUUUGUUUCGGUUCGGGUACCCACCAUAUCAUUUUACUUAUCAAGUGGGCCCAUCCUGACCCUGCCAGCUAGGAAUUUUUUGAUCCCAGUGGAUGACGUGGGCACUUUCUGUUUUGCAUUUGCUCCAACAGCUGCUGAACUAUCCAUUAUAGGGAAUAUUCAACAAGAGGGCAUCCAAAUUUCCUUUGAUGGAGCUAAUGGGUUUGUGGGAUUUGGUCCCAAUGUGUGUUAGAGUAAGUUUAUAUAACUAUAAAUAUAUAUAAAUUUUGUUAGUUUUAGUUAAAAGAUAUUAUAUAUUUUUGUUUUAACUACUAUUACUAUAUUAUUCUUAGGUGUAUUUCCUUGAAUGUAAUUAUGGGUUAAAGUAGU